GCACUUCCUCCCAGCCGCUGCCUCCCUCUUUCCCCCCGGCCCUCUGUAGAGGAAGCACGCGUUGAGUAGGCUCUCUCCCUCCCCGAAGCGCUAGAAAGCGAUAUAUAAAGAUGCGUUACAUAUCUUCAUAUCUCCUAGCCGUCCUAGGCGGUAAUGAUAACCCUUCCAUUGGGGAUCUGAAGAAGAUCCUGGAAAGUGUGGGCAUCGAGUUAGACAAGGAGUGUGCUGAGAAGGUGAUCAGUGAGCUGAAGGGCAAGAAAAUUGAGGAUGUGAUCGCUCAGGGUAACACCAAGCUGGCAUCUAUGCCCUCUGGAGGAGCUGUGGCUGCUGCAGUCUCUGCCAGUUCCGCUGCCCCCGCAGCUGGAGCUCCUGCUGCUAAAGCUGAAGAGAAAAAGGAAGAGAAAGAAGAUUCUGAAGAAUCAGAUGGGGACAUGGGAUUUGGUCUGUUUGAUUAGAACCUGCGGCAGAUAAAAUAAUAAAAUAUCUUUAUUUAA